AUGGCAUCUGCUAUGAACAACAGAAGCAGUUCACCAGAAUCGAAUUCGUCUCCAGUAACAACAAUUGACUUCAAUCAUCAAUUGUAUCUUCAUCCAUCAGAUACUCCAGCAAAAAAGAAGCUAGGGUUUAUAGAUGGCAGAUGUACAAGGGAUUCAGUUUCAAAGAAUUUACAACCACAGUGGGAUAGAUGCAACGCUAUUGUGCUAUCCUGGAUCAUGAAUUCUGUCACGAAAGAUUUGCUUAGUGGAAUUGUUUAUGCUUCAGAUUCUCACCUGGUUUGGCAGGAUCUCAAGGAAAGGUUUGACAAACUUCUGUGGGAUGAGUAUUCUUCAAUGAUUCAAUUACCUACAUGUGAAUGUGCAAUGUCCAAGAUUUAUGUUGACCAUAUGCAAAGUCAGAAAUUACUUCAAUUCUUAAUGGGGCUUAAUGAGACUUACAUCCAAGCUAGAGGACAUAUUCUUAUGAUGCAACCUUUGCCUUCAGUUGAUCAAGCAUAUUCUAUGUUGAUUACCGAAGAAAGUCAGAGAGGAAUUACAGCAUCUUCCUAUAAUGACUCACCACUCGAAUCCACUGUGCUAUACUUUACAUCUCAAUCACAAACUAAGCAGAAAAAAAAUUGGAAUGUGGUGUGUGAGCAUUGUCAUGUUAAAGGUCAUCAGAAGUCCCCCUGCAUACUUUAA